AUUGUGAACGCAUGCGUACAACAAAUGAUAACAAUUAGUGUUUAUGUUUAUAAUAAUAAUAAUAGUCAUUGAAAUCAAUGGUUUCGGCCAUCAAUUGUGGUUAACACGUAAUGGCCGACAAUUUGGACAAUUUGUUGGCCGCGGUUAUCACUAAAACUAUCUUCAAACAGGAGGACAAUGGCGGUGAAGACGGAGAAAUUGUCAAAGAGGACGGAGAGAUCGACAGCGGCGGCGAAGAAGACAAGACCAACAGAAAGUCGUCGACAAAACACAAGAAAUCGGAUCACAAACACAGACACAAAGAUCACAAACACAAGAAUAAGUCGUCGGAUAAGAUAAGGUCAAUGAAAAAGUCGACAAAUGACAAGACGAAGAAAAAGUCGUCAAAACAUAAGAAAAGUAAAACUGAUGAGAAAAAUGACGACAAAAAAUUGUUAGCAAACAAACAAAAUGAAGACAAUUCGGAAGUAAUGCGACUAUUGAUGUCCAAAGAGUUGCGAAGUUAUGGAGAUAUCGAGUUUCGAGACGAAGAGUUUGCCGACGAGUCUAAAGACAAGAAUUUGGAGAAGUCGUCCUCAAAACACAAGUCAAGCAAAAACAAAGAGUCUUCGAGUAAACGACACAAAAGAGAAAGAUUUUCCGAUGAAUACGAAUUACAACACRACUCAUACUAUACGAGUAGAUCUGAUAAUCAACACGAAGACUACUUUUACGGAUCGUAUUGGGAAGGAAUGGAUGACCGACCCAGAGGUUCGAGCAAACGAUAUCAGUCGAGACCAUUGAGUCCGUUAUAUGAGUCCGAAUGGAGACAUCGAUCGCGAAGUCGAUCACCUUUUGAUUACGACCGACGCGAUGACAGACGACGAUCACUGUCGCCAUCGACUAGUCGUUUAUCAAAAAGUAGUCGAUCUGAUCGACGAAGUUGUACACCGUUUUUUAAGGACGGCUAUAGUCGCCGAAAGUUUGAAACCAAAGAACGGCGUCGAGACAGCCGUCGCGAGCCGUCUGUUGCACCCGAAGAUGUUAUCGAUAAACAGGCUCUUCUUGAGGUCGCAAAAAGCAAUUUAAUUAAAAUGAUUGAAUCGGGAACUCUGCCAAAAGGAACUGAUAUUAAACAAUUGAAAUUAAGACAUCUUCGCGAACUAACAACUCAAAAGUCUGUACAACAAUAUACAGAGUUUUGUCGGGCCAUUUCGCAACUUGAAUCGGCCAUAGCUUCGGACUCGGAGUGCGACUCAGACUAUGACGACGACACGAUUUCGGUGAUGUCAGACAAAGACCACGUUUUCUCAAUAAGACAUCCGUUUGAACUGAGAGAACGUAAAGAUAUUUCUAUGAGAAUUCGAAAUUUUCCGCAAUUGCCGAGUCGUACGGCCAAAGUGUUGRCCGUUGAACUAAGAGAACAAUUUCCUGUAUCCAGUGGUAGCCAACACCGCCGUAAAGAAAAUGAGUUGACCUGGACUGAGGUUACGGAACCAUUGGCAAUAAUGCCGCCACCAAAACCAGUUGGCAAACGUGUAGAUACUGUUUUGACUCAGAUUUGUAAACAACAACAACAAGAAAAACAACAACAAAAAACACUUGAAGAGCAACCGCCAGCCUUUACAAUAGUUCAUCAAACAGAUACCACUCCAAUUGGACCACAAAUGCCAUCAAUACCAUCAACAUCAUCAUCAUUAGCAUUGAUACCUAUCAUUGCUUCCACUUCUGAAACUCAAUCGACAACCAUUGACUCGACCACAACAGAUACCACUACCAGCGGCGCCGUCACAAACAUAACAGUUAACGAAUCGGAGACCAAUAAAAGUGAAUCAGUGUUUCCACAGUCAGUUAUGCCAAUCGAUAUCGGGUCGGUAAUGGCUCAACGGUUGGCCGCAAUGAAUAAGCUUAAAGAAGAUCCCCAAAAUGUUGUGGCACUCAAACAAAUGUACCAGGCUAAUCAAAUGAUGAAUGAAUGGGCAGAAUCUAAGAUAGUUCCCGGACAGUACAUUGGCAGUACUGGAGUCAACAUAUUAAAACCCGACGAACUUAACGGACCAUUUGAUGCAUGGGUUCGGAAGGAUCAGUUCAAGAGGGCGGCGCCCAUUACAGGCGGUGUCGGUAUGCAUCUGCUGUUGAAGAUGGGUUGGACACCGGGUCAGGGAUUAGGCAAAAACAAUGAGGGCGUCAAAGAUCCGAUAAUGUUGGACAUCAAAACCGAUAAGAAAGGUCUAAUGUCUGAUCAGGAAACAACACGCAAUCUACCGCUACAGUUGUUCGGUAAAGACUCGUUUGACAAAAACUCGACAAAUUCAGCAAAAAAUCCGAUAUCUAUUCUUCAAGAACUUUGUGCCAAACAAAGAAUGUCUGUUCCGGACUACCAAUUGGUGGCCGACGACGGACCCCCUCAUCGAAAGUGUUUUACGUUUAAGGUUGUCAUCAAAGGUGUUGAGUAUCAGCCAUCUGUUUCGUGCGCUAACAAAAAACAGGCGAAAGCAUUGGCCGCCAGUGUUUGUCUACAAUCACUGGGAAUUUUACCCAAAAACAAGACGUAAUAAGAAAUAUACUGAAAAACAACUCUCAGUUUUUAUCAUUUUUGUUGUUAUUGUUGAAGACAUUGAAGACAAGUCUAGAGAACUGAUCUCAAUUGAUAACAAUAAUCCAAUAAUUAAUCAUUGAU